CCAACAUCGACAUCGACGGCGAUGCAGACCCCACGCUCAAUGCAGCUAUCGAUCCUUGGCAAGCGCACUCAUCGUAGUGAGCUGUCGUCACCCUCGAACUGCGAGCAGCUGCAGACACCAGUCCCGACUCCCAAUCCCAAACGCCCCAAGACGACAAAAACCAUACUCGAUGGCGACGACAACAAGGAAAAUAUUCCCCCGUAUCUCAUUCAGGCGGUCAACGUGUAUUCAUCAUCACCAAUCUCAGUCAGAGCUGCGCGUGCCCUCAGGAGGACAUCGACUGAAGCUGCUAUUGCUUCGUCGCGCCGUCGGCCAUUGCUGCCAGAGAGGCGCGCAUCUACAUCGUCGUUGAUUCCUCCUUCAACGCCCAUAGCACAAUUAAUCAUAUCAACACCACCACCUACCCCUCCCUCACUUUUACCUAUUCAUGCCCGAGCUCGCGCCUUGCUUCGUGCUACAUGCGAUUGUAUAGGCGAUAUGCCAGGGCGCGAGAGGGAACGCUCAGUUAUCCGAGAUUUCAUUACCACAUGUCCUGCGACUUCCCACAGCAGAGAUCAAUGGUCUAGUCUGUACAUUUCCGGGUCGCCUGGCACAGGAAAGACAGCCCUCGUCAAUUCUCUCAUCCAAUCUCUUGGUACCAGCUUGGACGGGAUGAAGGUCGUUACGGUGAACUGCAUGGCCCUUGAAAAUGUUGAAGCUUUGUGGGAGCGACUGUCCGAGGAACUUCUAGGGCCCUCCAAACGGAAACGGUCCAGGAAGAUUAUUAAGGGAAAAGGGAAGGGGAGGGAGACCCUAGAAGAUAUUUUGUCCAGUCUUGACAACAAAUGCCUUCUGGUAUUAGACGAGUUGGAUCAUAUAGCCGCCACCUCACAGUCCUUAUCGGCCGUGUUCUCCCUUCCCGCAUGCAAUUCCUUUGCCCUAUGCGUCAUCGGCAUUGCCAACACUCACACUCUUACAUCAUCGACAGCCUCAUUCUCUUCAUCUGUGCAGACACUCCACUUCCCUCCUUAUACACCUGCGCAGCUCUUACUGAUUGUUCAGGCACGACUGGCUCCCCUGUACGACGCCGAAUCUGCCGAGGAAGCCCAGAAGCUACUUCCUGCCGCACCUCUUGCAUUGUUGACGAAGAAAGUCGCUGCGUUGACAGGGGACGUACGAAGUCUCUUCGAGAUUUUGCGGGGAGCCAUUGAUAUUGCUGUGACGCCGGAUACAUCCAAGGGCGUUCAAUCCUCUUUGGGUUUUUCUGUUACACCCGCACAUAUUCUUGGGGCCCUCAAGGCGCAUGGUCCAUUGAACAAGGUGUCGUCACCCGCCGCGUCCUCGGCAACUGCACGGUCAUGUAGCAGCGAAAUUGCCACCAAGGUCAGGUCCUUGGGUCUCCAAGCGCGACUCGUGCUUCUUUCGGUCCUUCUGUCUUCGAAACGGACGGACGCUGGAUUACCUCUUACGACGUCUACUUCGUCGUCACCUACUAAGCGUUCUCAGUCAUCGCCACGUCUUUCAGUAGUGCCAAGUGUAGAGACGUCCCAGUUACAUGUUUUCUAUUCUGCUGUCUUAAGACGCAGUGACAGCAAUGUUUUCGUGCCUGUGUCCCGCAGCGAAUUUGGAGAUGUUGUCAGUAUGUUGGAAGGUUUUGGCUUGGUAUCCAUGAUGUUCGUCCAUAGAUCUAAAGGGGGCAAGCACUCGUUUACCAGGAGCACAUCCUUUAUGCAGGGUAUGCCAAAGAAUGUCGUAUCUGGGAACGUCCGACUUGCUGCAGGUGUUUGGCCCGAGGAAGUCCUGAGAGGCAUGGGUAUUGGAGCAUCAGAGACAUUGGUAUCUGAUGGUGUCAUAGAGGAGGAAGUGUCUGCUCUCUGGCGACAAGAGCUCUCCAGGCUGGAAAGAGACAGGAAGAAUGCUGAGGCCAAAGAUAAGCAGGAUCUGCAUUUCACUAAUGCUACGGAAGAUGAUUAAUCUUGAUUUGUUUUGUUAUGUGCUUAUUUCCUAUUUUGCUUGCAUACUAUCCACCAUUGUCAUUUCCUUUGCAUUUGUUUCACUUUUCUUGUUCUGUUGGUUUUGAUACUAGUUGUUUUGUAUGCUAUUUUGACACUAACCCAAAGUUUUGAUAUAGCAAUGUUAGAGGGAAGUGUGGAAGACUGCUGUUAUGAGUUGUUCCACGGCCCGAUACUUUGACCUGAUGUUUUUCCCUCUUUCCCCCGUCUCCUGGUUUAGUCCAUAUUUGUUAUUCCUACUGUAUAUAUAUAUAAGCCAGUACACAUAUUGUAGCUAGAGGUUUUUGCAAUUGACCAAGCCUUUAC